GCGGACUGGGCUCGAGUCCCGGAAAGCGAGGGGGCGGAAAGGAGGGCCAGUUUAGAGAAAACCAGAGACUGGUGUAGAAGAGCUUGGGCUCUUCGGAGUAGAGAAAGCAGGAAACACCGCAGUUACCUGUUCGUGGGAGUGCAGUGGUUGAAGCAUCUGCAAAGGGGGGAAUGGCACCUCCCCGUUCGUGGAGGAGGAUUGUGAGAGGGAGAGAAUCCUGUCGGUCCGCUCCUGGGGAGUUCGACUUUGAAGCGUGACCUUCCUGCCUGAGGACUAUAAAGACUAAGUACUUUGAAAAUGGAAAACCAAGAACCAGCGGAUCCUUCUCAAAAUACCAAACAGUCUAUUAUUUCAGAGGAGUUAAUUUCAGAAGGAAAAUGGGUCAAGCUUGAAAAAACAACGUACAUGGAUCCUACUGGGAAAAUAAGAACUUGGGAAACUGUGAAACGUACAACCAGGAAAGGACAGUCGGCUGAUGGCGUGGCGGUCAUCCCAGUGCUGCAGCGGACUCUUCAUUACGAGUGCAUCGUUCUGGUGAAGCAGUUCCGGCCACCGAUGGGAGGCUACUGCCUAGAAUUCCCUGCAGGUCUCAUCGAUGAUAAUGAGAGCCCAGAAGCAGCGGCUCUUCGGGAGCUUGAGGAAGAAACUGGCUACAAAGGUGAUGUUGCAGAGUGUUCUCCAGCUGUAUGUAUGGAUCCAGGUCUGACAAACUGUACCACACACAUCGUGACGGUGACUAUUAAUGGGGAUGAUGCUGAAAACGUGAGGCCUAAGCCGAAGCCAGGAGAUGGAGAAUUUGUCGAAGUAAUUUCCUUACCAAAGAAUGACCUGCUGAAGAGACUUGAUGCUCUGGUAGCUGAAGAACAUCUGACCGUGGACGCCAGGGUCUAUUCCUAUGCUCUGGCACUGAAACAUGCAAACACGAAGCCGUUUGAAGUGCCUUUCCUGAAGUUUUAAGGCCAAAGGACAGUAGCCAUGUUUUUAUAAAUAAGACCACCAGGCCUCCUUCACUAAGACUUUGUAUUCAGCUUAGCUUACUGUAGACUUGAAAUUAGCUUUUUUCAUUAAAUAAAAGCAACACAGAAUA